AGCCUCCUCACCUUCCUUAAUCCUUCCUUCCUUCCUUCCUGGGUUUUCUUCCUGUCCGCGUCAAGGUCGCCGCCGCUCGCCAUCACCAGCUCCCCUGAUCCCCUCCUUCCCAUCCACCCUUGCGAUCCUGGCCGCUGGUCCUUCCUCCCUUUCUCCCUAUCCCACACGCCGACCGGGGCGCCGCGCCGUCGACUUCUUCCCUCUCGCCCUUUCCUCGCGGCGGCGGCGCCACCACCGAGCCGGCUGCAAUUCGCCGUGGCGCGCCUGACUCGCGGGGACGCAGUCACACGCCUUGCUCGAAGAGGGGAGACCCCCUCUCACUCACGCGAAGGUUCCCGGACAUCCCGGCUAAGAACCUGGUCGGUCAUCGCUGCUGCUGGAGCUGCUCAUGUUGGAUCCGAGAUCCGAAAUCUAUCCCACCAUAGAGUAUCGCCCUAUCCAGCCCUCCGACCUAGAAGCUCUUGAGAAGAUUCAUCUUGCUCUCUUUCCAAUAAGGUACGAGAGAGAGUUCUUCUUGAACGUUGUCAGCGGCAAUGGGAUUGUUUCCUGGGGCGCUGUGGACACCAGCAGAUCAGAUGACCGCAGGGAUGAGAUAAUAGGUUUUGUAACCACGAGGAUGAUUGCGGCAAAAGAUAGCGAGGUAUUACCAAUUACCAUACAAGAGGUCCUGAUUAUGGUAUAUCUAAAUGGUCAGCUUGAUGGAGCUAAUGGUUUCGAUAUGCAGAUUGAGGACCUGUUCAGGUAUAACAGUUCACGCAAAGAUCUAACACUUCUGUAUAUAUUGACGCUGGGUGUGGUGGAUAGGUACAGAAACCUUGGGAUAGCAUCAUCACUGGUCCGAGAAGUGGUUAAAUAUGCAGCAAGCAUAUCAAAUUGCAGAGGUGUUUAUUUACAUGUCAUUUCAUACAACCAGCCUGCUAUCAGCUUCUAUAAGAAGAUGCUAUUUAAGCUAGUCAGAAGGCUUCCAAUGUUUUACUACAUAAGAGGACAACAUUAUGACUCAUACUUGUUUGUGUACUAUGUGAACGGUGGUCGUUCGCCUUGCUCACCUCUGGCUUUCGUGAAGAUGCUGGUUGCCAAGUUCUGGAACAAGGAGGACCAUUGCAAUCCGAGAUGGGCCAGAUGUCAGGAAUCCAACAUCCUCUUGGCAACACAAAGUAAUAAACGGAUGAUCAGCGGUGAUAAUACCAGAUGUCAUGUCUAAUUUUAGUUGUGAUGACAUUUUCUCGUGUUUUUCUUUUCCUCUGGGAGUUUAUUGAAACAAUCGCUGCUGUUGUACACUUCUGGUACGGGUACAUAAGUUCUCAAAUAGUUAGUCACAUUCAUUGUAAAGAAGAGGGGAAAAGGAGAAAUUAAACUGCAACCAGCUUCUGGUAACGUUGGGGGUACUAUUGUUGAAUGAACUGAAGCGAAUUAUUUUGGCUUGUACAAAGGCAGCAGCACGUGUUAUAACUACUAGGGCCUUGUUUAGUUGUGAAAACUUUUUUUGGAUUUCGCUAUUGUAGCACUUUUGUUUGUAUUUGACAAAUAUUGUUCUAUUAUGUAGUAACUAAGUUUUAAAAAA